UUCACUUUAGUCUUGCCGGUUAGUCUCCGCCCCCCUCAGUGUGUGUGUGUAGUUCACCAAAAAACUUGCAUGAUACGGACCCGACUGUGUGAAUUUUGGCUGCUUAUCUACCACAGUUGAUCAUACUCCAACAUCUCUGAAGGCCUGAAUUUUAACAACAGCUCGGCUCUCUCUGCAUAAAACAGAAUGUCUAAAAGUGAACCAGAGGAGAUGAUAGAGAUCGAGAUCGAUGAACGGGAGAAACAGGCAUGCCUGGAGGAAGGUGUUGAGGAGCAGACGAUCACUGCAUCUGAUUUGAUUCAGCAAGACAUUGACAUCAACGAGCCCAUUGGCAAUUUGAAGAAGCUUUUGGAGCCUCGUAUACAAAUAUCACUGGAUGCAUAUGAGAUCUGCCUGCAGGACAUUCAGCUUCACCCAGAUCACAGCCUCUUCGAUCAGGGAGUAAAGACAGAUGGCACAGUGCAGCUCAGCCUGCAGAUUAUAACCAAACCAGGUGAGGAGAAGCUGAACAUUUUGGAGAUUGUGAAGCCGGUAGAAACAGUAGAAGUGGUGAUUGAUCCAGAUGCAGCAGGGGAGGAGGGUGCUCUGGUGGAGGAGGGUCAGCUCAUUGCUGUGGAGAGGUCUGGCCUCUCUGAUGAGACGUCAGAACAGGUUACACGCUGGGCUGCAGCACUCGAAGGCUACCGCAAAGAGCAGGUCCGGCUGGGCAUACCAUACGACCCCUUGCUCUGGACCGCUGACCAGGUGAUCCACUGGGCUGUGUGGGUGAUGAAGGAGUUUAACAUUGACGAGAUGGAAAUAGGCAGCAUUCACAUCCCAGGUCGAGAGCUCUGCGCUUUCAGCCAAGAGGAGUUCCUUCAGAAAGUGCCCAAUGGAGAGAUACUCUGGAGUCACCUGGAACUCCUACGCAAAUAUGUGUUGGCCAGCCAGGAUCAGUCUGGAGGGGACGCCACAGUUACUAUUGAUCAACCUGUGCAGAUAAUCCCGGCUCAGGUGAGCACGCCCACUGCCAUAAAGGUACUAAAGCAGAGCCGUGGUCCCAGAACUCCACGCAUUUCAGGAGGAGAGGAGCGCAGCUCACCUGGCAACCGCACAGGUAACAACGGUCAGAUCCAGCUGUGGCAGUUCCUGCUGGAGCUGCUGACAGACAAGGAUGCUAGAGACUGCAUCUCCUGGGUGGGCGAGGAGGGAGAGUUCAAACUCAACCAGCCUGAACUCGUGGCUCAGAAAUGGGGCCAGCGGAAGAACAAGCCUACUAUGAACUACGAAAAACUCAGCAGAGCCCUCAGGUAUUACUACGAUGGGGACAUGAUCAGCAAGGUGCAGGGCAAGCGCUUUGUCUACAAGUUUGUGUGCGACCUGAGGACUCUGAUUGGCUACAGCGCUGCUGAGCUCAACAACUUGGUGACCGAGUGUGAACAGAAGAAACUGGCUCGCAUGCAGAUGCAUGGCAUCGGUCAGCCCAUCACUACAGUGACCUUGGCCACCGCAACACUAGACAAGGAGAGUUGAAGGAGCAGCCACAGGCAAAGUUAGCUCUCCACCGUUGACUGGAAAUCACAUUAACUUCUUCUUUGACACAGCUGCGUUCAUCAGGCACAGAAAUGCAAGGCUGAUCCCUGAUCAGUGUGGAUUAACAACUUUGAUGAUGUCUUUACAGUUUUAGUCCAGUUAUACUGAGGCAGGUCAAAAGGUUUUGUUUUUCUUUAACUCUAACCAAGGGAAGUGUGUUCAGGAUGAGGUGGAGAACGUUUGUGUGGUAAAUGAGUAAUGUUGUUGUGCAUGUGACUGAGAGCUUGAACGUGUGACUGAAAACGCAGUUAUGAGCUUUGUGUAAUGUGUUCCUUGUCUGUAGUUUAGGAUCGUUUCCACUGUACAUACCGGUACUUCAUGUUUUUGAUAGCCAUAAGGGCAAGUGUAUUUUCAUAUUUUCCAUUUAUAGAGGAUCUGUUUUGUAUUUUAUUUAGUGUUUGUUCCCUUUAUUGUUGGACCCUUUUUUGUCCACUACGGGGAAUAAAGUGGCAAGCAUUUUUCUUAA